AUGCCUACAACAUUCAUGCUCCUGCCUCCAGAGGUCCGCCUCACUAUCUUCAUGCAUCUUUACAGGGGCUUGCAGGUCGAUUAUGACCCCUUUAUGGCUGGAGAUGCCGCUCGCCUCCUCGACAUCUCGAUCUUCUUCGUUUGCCGCCAAAUCCUCGAUGAAGCGCGUUUGGUAUUUCUCGAGAAAGCACGUAUCAACUGUUCUGAGAUCAUCCGAGAUCAUUUCAUUGAGACUUCGCACCACUUCUUCACCACCUGCGCACCUUACAUGAAGCACAUGUUCCUGGAAGAUGGCGAGGGAUUUUACUUUGAACAAGUGCAGUACACAAGCUUGAGCUAUCAAGUUAUCGCCGAUCUGAUGUCCUCACUUCAGAGUGUGGAUGUGCACCAUGGACGGGACUGGAUCUGGUUGAGGGAAGGCGAAGCUGAUGCAACGGGCCGUCCGAACACGAAGGGUUUUGCGCGCGUCGUGAGGGAAUGGAACAACGUCCGACAGCGAGAGGUAUGGAAUACGCAAUCUUCUGAGGUGAAGAAGUUGUUCAGAACGUGGCAACAGCAAGGAAAAAGGGUUGCCCUCUAUUGCACCAGGCUGGUUGUUUCCGUUGUUCCCAUUGCAGACGCCGACCUUGACUCCUUCCCACCGGAUGAUCCUCCAGAAUGGGACGAAGAUUUUCCUGAAUGGACCUGGAAAGCACGUAUGGACGUGGCGAGUCUCGCAGCGACGUUCACGCACGAGGAGAGUGCUCGAGAGUUCAAGGUUACUCUGUCGGAAUGGGAAGCCUAG